CUCGUCUUCUGCUCCAGUCAUCUCGGUCUCUGCGCUACCCUUCGUAUCAAACAUUCCCUAGAGCUUUCACGGCGGCGAGCGUACAGUUCAGAGGUAUGGCGGGAAAGACUUUGACUGAGGCCAUCAAGGACGACCACCAGGAGAUGUAUGAGUAUCACGAUGCCUACAAGGCAGCGGCAGGAGACCCAGACGCUCAGGCACGAUGGGCCCGCCAAUUAACUUGGGAGGUCGCACGGCACGCCGUCGGUGAGGAGAUCGUCGUCUACCCGUUGAUGGAAAAACACCUCGGUGAGAAGGGACGUCAACUGGCCGAUCACGACCGCGCGGAACAUCAGAAAGUAAAGGAAUAUCUAUACGACCUCGAGUCGCUUACAGCCGGAACGGCUGAUUAUGACAAGGUCAUCACCCAGGUUAUGGACCACCUCCACCCGCACAAUGAUGAUGAGGAACUCACGGAUUUGCCCCUGCUGGAGCCUUGUCUUGGUGAAGAAGGGAGCAAAGCUGCAGCAGCAGACUUUAAGAGAACCAAGAAGUUUGUUCCGACGAGGGCUCAUCCUUCUGCACCCAAUCAGCCGCCUUCCGAGACGCUCGUCGCAUUCCUCACGGCUCCCAUUGACAAAUUGAAAGACGAGUUUGCAAAGUUCCCCACGGAGGAAAUGAAGGAGGAGCUCAAGCAAUCACGCCAGUAAUACGCGAGGACACCAAGAGAAUGUAUUCUAUCCUGUACGAGUAAGGAAACGUGUUCUAGACUUCUAUGCCGGUGCUACCGUGUCUAGUACUAUCUCUAAUUGGACCUAUACGUUUUUGCUACAAGUGCUGAGCGUGCCAACGUCUCUCGACCAAUACGAGAUACUCGAGAAACGAAUCAUCUUGAAGUACGCUACUUUUUCAUUUCCUCGCCCGCAGGACUAUAUCGGUUUCCUUCUGCGUAUUCGCCACCAGCCACAGUGCUGGCACCGCUGCUAGCACACGCCUGACCUUCACCGGUUUUCUCCGCCUCGAUGUUACCGGCCUGACCGUGUGCGCUAUUCCCCUCCUCUAGGACCUUCUCACUUACUCCACUACCCGACUUCCGCAUCUUUUUCUGCCUCAGGAGUUCCUCGGCUGCUUUCUUCAAUUCAUCGUCAUCCGCC